CUCUGUUUUUUGCUCUCUUUUUAGACUAAACUGAAUGAAUACACGGACUCAGGAUAACAGCAAAGAAGAGAAAACCAAAUCGUUUUUAACGAAUGCUUUUGCUAUACAAUAGUCAAGUGAUGUGAGUGUAGUGUCGGGCACUAGAGAUCUCUUAACUCAAGCGAUUGACGGAAACACCAGCUUUUAUAUGAUAUUAGAAAAGGACAAUUAAGUUAAUACAGCGUCUAUACCACACAUAACACACAUCAAACACAACAACCAUUAGAUAUGAUUAGAAAAACUCAUAAAAGUGUCGGCAGAGCACCACAACUCGUAUCGUCCAGUCGUGCGGUCUGUCCAUAAGCCCGCAGACCAGCCAAUGGACGCCACAAACAACUCGUUUAGUAUCACGACCUCACAAAUCCUCUCGUGGUGUGUCAACGAUACCGGUGCCGCGGACCUCGACAACGCCAUACCCACCAUCACCGACACCGACACCUACGGCGACGCCAACCUAACACUCAGCGAACUCUGCAGUAUUGCCACGAAUCGGAGCCAAGACUUUGAUGAGGAUAUCAUAUCUCCGCGUCUCGAAGCGCUCUUAGUCGCGUCGUUAGGAUUAAUGAUCGUCGCGACUGUCAUCGGAAACAUUUUAGUUUGCCUUUCAGUAGUAUUGGUCCGCAAACUCAGACAUCCCUCCAAUUACUUACUCGUAUCGCUGGCAAUAUCUGACUUAUGCGUCGCGAUUCUGGUGAUGCCGUUAGCCCUUCACUACGAGUUGACGGGCACCUGGAAUCUAAGCCCUGGUAUAUGCGAUCUCUGGGUGUCAUUUGACGUGACGUGCUGUACCUCAUCUAUCCUUAAUCUAUGUAUGAUCUCAAUCGAUCGUUAUCUGGCGAUCACAAAGCCGCUGACAUAUGGCGUGCGGCGGACAGCGAAACGCAUUUUGUCAUUCAUCGGCGCCGUAUGGGUGGCCAGUGUUCUCAUAAGUAUCCCCCCAUUGCUGGUGUUGGGCAAUGAGCACGGCGUGGAGGGCCAGGCCACGUGCCAAGUGAGCCAAAACAUUGGUUACCAGCUGUACGCCACUUUGUCUGCCUUUUACAUUCCCCUCACAGUCAUGAUUGUCGUGUAUUACAAGAUAUAUUUAGCGGCCAAAAGAGUGGUCGAAGCGGAACAGAGAGAUCAGAGGCCGAGUACGGCUACGCCACACACCCCGCAGUUACCACUAUUGAAAUGUCAGCAAAACUCGGCCGACAAUCACAUGGGGAAAGUGGAGUCAAACCACGUCUGGACGCGAAUCAAAGGAUGCGAUUGUUAUGAAAAUACUCAGAAAACGGAAACAAUAGCUAUAAACGCAGACCAGUUCUCAGUGUCCAAGACAUCGAGACAAACAAAUGGCAUGUCUAGCACCGGAAGUGCUACGACAACACCACUCACGCAGCCAUCGCAACCAUCGCAGACAUCAUCAUUAAAGCCGGGACUCGACGCCCAAACCAAGCGCUCCUCAGACUCGUCGACAAUCAAUACAUCGAGUCAUGCAUUCAAACGACGGACGAGUAAUGCAUUGCGAGAGCGAAAGGCAUCGUUUACUUUAGGAGUCAUAAUGACUGCAUUCACUGUUUGCUGGUUACCCUUCUUCCUACUGGCGCUGUUGAGUCCCUUCUCUGUCGUACAAAUUCCUCGUUUCGUUACGAGCACUACAUUAUGGUUGGGUUACGCCAACUCCAUGUUGAACCCAAUAAUUUACGUAACAUUUCAUCAAGACUUUCGUCGAGCGUUCAAAUAUCUCCUGUGCCUCCAGUGCGCGACAAUGGGCUCCCGGCUCCGGCAGGAGGCCUACCAGAGCCAGUACGGCACCGAAAGGGGUCACUUCGUGGCCAAUGAGUUCGGCGCCACUCCUGCCGAGAGCUUUACAGACAAUAAAAAUAUGAUUCACUUUCGUGAGGAGCGUCGGAGUACUACCGGCCUCUGCAGUAGCGUUGAGAUCACGUCCAGGGAUCGGAUGGAGAACGAGGCAACCCUUUGAUGUCUUCUCACUUUUGCUAUAAAUUCUAUACAUUUUUUCAAAUUAUAGAUUAAAAUUAUAUGACAC